CUAACAAACAAGAAUAUCAUACUUUAUAUCCUGAUAUUCAUAGAUGUCAAUUUUCUCACAAGUGGGUAGAUAAAUAUAUUGAAGAACAACAGAGUUUUUUAUCGUUUAUUCUUUAUCGGCAAUCUGAACAUAAUUACUCUUUAAACUUAAUAGGAAAUAUGGAUGAAACCCCUAUUGCAUUUAACAUACCAAACCAAACAACAGUUGAAGAAUCUGAAAAAAAAACUAUUUCAAUUCUUACAACAGGCUAUGAACGUACCUGUUUUACAGUAACUCUAGCCUGUCUUGCAGAUGGUACUAAACUUCCACCAUUCAUUAUUUUUAAGUUAGUUAAUGUACCCCGAGAAAGGUUCCCUAAUGGUCAUCGACAAGCUAAUUUGGGCUCAAAUCCACGUUCGCUUCUUGUUCUUGAUGCGUUUGCUGGACAUAAAACGGAUCUUGUAAAGCGUCGCAUUCGUGAGCGAAAUACAGAUAUUGCUGUAAUUCUGAAUGGACUAACCUCACACUUGCAACCAUUAGACAUGUCUUUAAACAAAUCAUUUAAGGCAAAA